UGCAUGCUACUCAAGUGCAUGUAUCGCUGAGAACUUUGAAUCGUAUAACACGAUUAUUUGUUAGCUUAUCUCCCAUUAUUAUUAGAAUAUUAAAAUCUUUUACAUCGAGAAUUUGAAACAUUUGAUUCUUAAUUAGUAUAUACAAGGUUUAUAAUCCUUUCUACUAAUCAUCAGUUGGUUUUGAAUUGAAAAAUCUAUAGUUCCUACUUCCUAAUAUAGUAUUUAAGUCCAAAGUUGAUUCCACAUACAUUUUCUCACAAAAUAGUUUUCCACAUACUAAGUGAUCCGUCUUGUUUUAAUAUUUUCGUUAUGAUUGUAUUUUUAGUUUCCGUUCUUAUUCUGAAGAGACCUAUUAAAAUGUUCUAAAUGUCUCGCAUCGAAAAUUGAUUAGCGUUCUCUUCUAUUUUCCGGUCAAUCCGACGAUUUAGUAUUAGCAAAAAAAAAAAAAAAAUGGUAAUCAACCCUAAAUUCCAAAUCGAGAGGUGACGUGAAGGACUACGUAGUGAUAUUAAGCAUAGAAAUACGACCGAAGCAGGCGACACAUGUGGGACAGUGGGAGAAAGUAAUGGUGAGACUAGUCAUGAACUGAGUCUGGGCCGAGACUACUCAAUAAAUAGGCCCACAAACAAAUUUUGAACCGACUGAUAAAAAUGUGACAGCUUAAACAAUGGCAAUUUUGUUAGGUUAGCAAAAAUUAAAUCUUUCAUUUUUAGCAUAUGUAACCAUUUGUUUGUUUGUGGCAGAAUAAAAACCGUUAGUUAGUUUGCUUUCAUUUGAGAAAAUAAAAGAAAAUUUUAACAGCUUCUGUUUCAAGUAAGCUAUGAUACUUAACAUAUAUUUAUGAGAGAGGAAAAAACACGAACGAUCGAGAACACAUACAUAACAACAACAAAAAGAUGGAUCUUAACAACAACAACAGCAACAUUUUCAAAACCCUAGCUCGGUGGUGUCUUCUUCUACAAGCCUUCAUGAUCUCGUCCAAGACCGUGGCUCUGAAGGAACCUGACUACGUAAACAUGAACAUAACAAUCCGUAACGCAAUGACAGGAUUACUCCGACCGGAAAUUGUUUACCGAUGCCAGUCUAAACACAAAGACUAUGGUUGGCAUCGAUCUACAAAGCCAGGAAUCCAAUUUUCAUUCCCAAUCAUCCUCAUAAAAGGCGAAAACAAAAUACCGGCGAUUCACAUCUGCGAAUUCCGGUCCGUCUUAGGAACGGCUACACUCGUGAUCCAAAACACCCAUCUGGACGCCGAGAUGUGCCCUAGAUCGUCGUGUGCUCACGAGGCAACCCCGAAAGGAAUUGUGUUUAGAGGCCUUGAAUGGGAUUUCAGAACCGUAUUUCCUAAACUCAAACCAGUUGAGUAUCUAGAAUUGCCGUGGACACCUUGGCCAAACAGAACAUGAAUUUUUUGUCAUCAUUUUUUUCCUUUUGUAUUGAAUGUAAUUAUAGAUAUUUAAAAUCCAUAAUCAGUUUGUCACAUA